CUUGAAAGAUGGCCGACAUUGAUAUGUUCGAUACGAUUUUCGAAGAAGAUGACGACGAAGAAACUGAGUUUGUUGACGAUAGUAUCCUAUACAGAGUACCAGAUCCUGUUAUAAUUAGAGGAGCUGGCAAUAUCACAGUGUUCGGCCUUAGCAAUAAAUUCAGUGAUGAUUUCCCUCAAGGAUUAUCUGCCAAGGUUUGCCCGGAAGAAUUCAAAGCCACCAUGGACCGUUUAAAUAGUGUGUUGAAAAAAACAUUACCAAUGAAUGUAAAAUGGCUGUUUUGCGGGUGUAUAUGUUGCUGCUGUACAUUGGGAUGUUCUCUUUGGCCAGUCAUAUGCCUUAGCAAAAGGACAAGACAUUCUAUAGAAAAAUUACUCGAUUGGGAAAAUAGUCAUUUAUACAACAAGCUUGGUCUUCACUGGAGACUCGAAAAACACAGAUGUGAUAGUAGCAGUAUGAUGGAAUAUGUAUUAGCCUUAGAGUUUUUACCAAAAAUCCCCAUCCAUCGACCAGACUAAGGUGUGGGACCAGACAGGAUGCAGCUACAAAAACUGAAGCUGGACUUCACUUGAUCUUCAAAAUGCCAUAUCGGCGAGAAACUUCCAAACAAAAUUGUGUCUGUCUAUCUAUGUGACAAUAGUUUUGAGUAUACCCUUUGACAGUUCCGUUACUGUAGAGGUGUUAGGAAUUAACACCUGGGAUAAUGUUGCAAGGAACAAAAUGGAAAGGUGUUCAUUUGUAGACGGAUAGGGUGUCAGCUUGGACUAUCUCUAGGUCACCAAAGUUGAAACGAAAUUGAUGUCCAUGUCUCUGUCACAACAUUUGCAAUACCCCAGUGGGAGUCAGUGCCUAAUAGCAACAGCUGUAUAUUUGCUGGUACCCUAUUUAAUGUUGUGCCAGUUCAUUGUGUAUGCACACUACAAUACAUGUGUUGUAUAUGCAAAUGAAAGAACUUUAAGCCAAUUUUUCCAUCAAACGAUUCUGGUGGGGCAUUUUUUUCUUCUGAAAAUGUUAAGAGAUCACAAAUUGAUGAUUAUGCAUUUGAUGAUAUUUAUUCAGAUCAUGUUGUUUGUUGUGUAUAUCUGUAUAUCUUGUCCAUAUUCUAACUGUCCAUUAGAACAUUGAAAUAACUGAGUAUGUUGUCAGAUGAGUGUAUGGACUCCUCCAGAUCAUAUAAUAGAUGAUUCCCAGGCUGACUGCACCAUUUUUUGUUACCAUGGAUAUUUGACGUGGAUGGCUAAUUUUGACAAGAGUUCUCUUCUGUCUGACAUCAUGGAAUUAGCCGCCCCCCCCCCCCCUCCUGGCAUCCUCCUCCAUGUUUGAUGUGACUGCAUUCCUCCAUUACGUCCUGGGAAUCAUCUGUAGUAGUUGAAAGACAUAAGAGAGUCAUUGCUGUCUGCAAUAGAUGCAGUUGAGGUUAUUUCUUGAUGCAGUUGAUUUCUGUUAUGAUCUCAUUAAAUGCCCUCCCACCGUAAGAGGUGUAGUAGAAUCUCAUCUUUGGUUGCCUUCAGUGACCUCUGAUGGUGUGAUCUUGGAAACAAGGGAGGUUUGGGGGCAUGAAAAAACGGUGAGCAGUAUCCAUUGUCUGUAUGUUUUCACUGCUGUUUUUAAAUUUAAUUCAGGACCAAUCUUACAUGUUAGCAUUUACAUAGAUGUCAUCUUGUUGUGAUAUUCCAGAGUAGAACUAGAAGUGAAGGGGUGGGGGUUGGGGUUAGUAUAGUAGAAGUUGUGCCUGUAAUAUUGUUAAUUUUUCACUGACUUGUUGAACUGUCAGCAGCCCCAUCUGAUAAGAUUUGUCUUCAGUUUUGCCAAUCAGUAUCCCAGUAAAUCCAACAAUUUCCGCUCCGUUGAUAAUUUCAGAGCAAUUUUCUUCCAUGAAUGAAAUCAGAGUAACUUUCCCUUAUCAUUUGUAUCUGAGAAAAAAUCAAAAGGGUUUAUGUUUUAUGUGGUGUGACUUUUAAAAGUGUAGUAGGAAAUGUGAGGUGUCCUUUCAAGUAUCAUUCUGCACCUGGUUACUCAGUAGACGUUGGCUGUAAUGUUGGCAUUCGGACCUAAUGCUACCAUUGCAAAUAAAAGUAUUGAAGGAAAUGUCUCUUAACGCCAAUUGAGAAAUUGGGUCCAGACCAUGUUUAAAAAUUCAUUAAUCUCAUCAAGUUUUUUACAUUCUUAGUUCUAAUCCUUAGUUAUUUUCACUAGAUGUGAUGUAGCAUACUAAUUGUGUGAAUAACAUUUCUAACAUUGGGCUGUUUGCAAUGAGUGAAGCCUGCAGUGUGAAUGAACCAAUCGGAAAGGCAGUGUUAUGGUUUGUAAAUAGUAUGAAGAUUUUAUACUAAAUUGUUGUAGUUUUUGGCAGUUUUCUGCAUGUUGUGAAAUAGUAUUAUUACUAUGACUUUCUUUCACCUUGCUGGUUCCUCGAAAUAUUGUUAGUUGGCAAAAGGUGACUUGCAUGGCCUUAUGCCACAGAGCCAUGUCACAAGCAACCUGGCUUUUUACAUGUAAUGGGAUGUACAAGAACUUUUUGAGUUGGUUCAAUCGUGCAAACAAACAUUAGUUUGGCUUGACCUCAAGUUCUAAAUCAAAGGACUUGACCUGUGUUUCCUCCAGUUUAAAUUUUCUUCCAUACGUACAUGUUGUGUCAGUGGGGUCUGGGAUAUUGCCAUCAAUCCAUUCCCCAAUUUGAGAUUUAGCAGAGUACAAUGCCAUCAACGAAGAGUGGGACAAAUACUUCUUGGUUGUACCCCAGGCAAACUCCAUCAGUUAGAAUCCUCUUGAUGUGCAACUAUUUUCAAUGUUUCAUGCACUAAAAUCCUAUGACCCAUAUGUGGGGAAAUAAAGCUGAAUUUCAUGAAAAA